AUGACUUGGGGGAAAGAUCUUGAUGUUCCGGAGGUCUUCGGCUUCCUCCACAAUCAGGUCACUCCCUUCGGUAUCAAGUCUGCGAGCGGCGGGACCUUGUACGCAUGGCACAUCUUACCUGUGGAACUAUAUCGACAACAUGAACAGAAGCUUCUGACACAACCGUCUGGUUUCUCGUCGGACGUCACAUCCCUCCACUCAUUUCAAUUGCUUCGCGACGACCUCGAGGCUGUACUCGUCAUUCACUUUCAUGGUGCUGGCGGUACUGUAGGAUCAGGGUAUCGCUGUCCGAAUUAUCGAGCAUUGUCAGCCGGUUGGCCUGACAAAAUUCAUGUUCUGACAUUCGACUACCGUGGAUUUGGACGAAGCCCCGGAACACCCAGUGAGAGUGGUCUCAUCGUGGAUGCUUUAUCAGUUGUCGAAUGGGCCAUGGAAGUGGCAGGAAUCCCACCAGCUCGGAUCCUCAUCUACAGCCAAUCUCUGGGAACUGCUGUGAACAUGGCUGUCGCUGAGCACUAUGCCUUGCAAGGGCCUCCGAUCGUCUUCGCGGGACAUAUUUUGACUGCACCUUUCGUCGACGUAAUCACGUUGGUCUCCACAUACAGUGUGGCGGGAACCAUUCCUAUUCUCGGACCUAUAGCAAAGGUUUCAUUGCUGUUCGAUUACCUGCGAAGGUACAUCAACGACAAAUGGUCAACCAAAGAUCGAAUCGCCUCAUACGUCAAAGCCAACGAAAACAACGGCGUCCAAUAUCGCAUUACCAUGAUCCAUGCUGAGGACGACUAUGAUAUUCCGUGGACGCACACUCCUCAAUUGUUCUGGCACGCCAUCAAUGGGACAAAAUCGAUGCGCAUUAGCUUCGAAGAGCUUGAACUCAUAAAGGCGAAAUCGAGGAUUGACAAUGGUUCUGCAGGCAGUGUUGUGGAAUGGAUAACUGAUCAUGGCAUUAUCAGAGAAGAAAUACUGAAGUAUGGCCUGCAUGACGUGAUCAUGGGCAACCCUGUAGUGACACUGGCUGUCAUGCGAAUGCUUGAUUCGUAG